AUGCCGAGCGGAGAGCUGCAGCUCUGCAGCAGCUACUCCAACCUGCGGGGCGAACUGGUGGAACAUUUCAGGUGUCCGAGGCAGGCGGAUGGCAUGGAUAAAGUUUACUGCUGCGGUUUCUCGGACCUCAAAUACUGCUGCAGCGAGGUGGACAACUACUUCCCAUACUCGCACGGCUACAUGUGGUCGCUCAGUAUAGGUGCAAUGGUGGGAUUAGGAAUUGCUGCCCUUGUUUUACUGGCAUUUGUGAUCAGUGCCUUUGUGUUGUGCUACUUAUUUCUCUGCACGAAUCCUCAGAGAUUAGAUUCUGGCCUCAGACUUCAGAACCUGACAACAUCUCCAGCUCAAACAAGAAAAAAGAAAACCAAACAAGGGAUCUUGGAAGUGCCAGCACCCACAUCGUCAGCAGGACCCCUGCCACCUGUUCCAGAUAGAAUUGUUCAAGAUAAGCCAUUGACAAUGAUAAUAGAGACUUAA